UUCUUCCCCCUUUGCCCUCGAGAAGAUGUUCUGUGAACAACGACUUUCGUAGGAAUGGACGUAAAGUUGUUUGUGUUUUGUAGCUAUGUUUGUUCGUCUGUUGUUGUUAAUUGUUUUGUUUUGUAACAGUCUUCCAAAAGGUCUCAGUCAUGUUGGGCAACCUUGUAACGCUAUAUUCAGGAUAUGCUUAGCAAGUCAUUCCUAUUGUGACGACGAUAAUAUAUGCAGGUGCAAACCUGACUACCCUGUUAAUAUUUCCUUGCAUUCCUGCAAAAAGGGGAGACAAUACAGUGAAAGGUGUGAAUAUUCAGAAGAGUGCAGUUAUUAUGAUCCUAAUUCCUAUUGCUCACAGCUUCCAUACAGAAGUACAUGUGAAUGUCACAUGGGAUUUACAUAUAAUGAAGUGAAGAAAUUGUGUGUGAAAAUUGGUGGAGAAACUCCUAAAACACAUAGCUUCAUAUUUCCUACUGCACUUGGAUUAUCGCUUGCCUUUGCAAGCAUCCUUUGUUGUUUGUUAGUUGCAUGGCAUGUGUGUAAAAGAAGAAAUUUCCGUAAUUCAGUAUUCUUCAGUAACAAUGCUGGAUCACAAUCACAUUAUUUUCCAACAAAUACUGAAAGCCAAAGAACACCUACUGCUCCGUGCACUACAGAAGCAUUGCCCACAUAUGACACAGUUUUGUCAUUAAAAAUAUCAGAGGAUUCUGAUCCCCCUCCUUCUUAUGAAGAAGUUAUUGGUAAAGAGCUUGUGUUGAAGACAGAACCAUGAUACCAAUUUUUAUAUAUUUUUUUAUAUAUACAAAUAUAAUGCAUAUGACAGCAACUGCCUUGACUUUUUAAAAGACCUGAAAUGCCAUAAUAAUACAGGUUUUUAAUAAAGUAAUGGGACCAUGUUAUUUAAUUACCAAGAAAUCAACAUUUAUCAUUAAAUUUGCCAAAACAGAAAUUAUUAGUGUUUAUUUCAACUUGGAAAUAGUUAGUUUUAACGGUGUCUGAUUUAAGAAAUGUUGUCCAAGCAAGACGGCAGACUAUAAAUUUAACUAUUAAGAAUCAUGAUAAAAAGUAGUAAAACGUCUUCCAGAAAAAGUAUCAGAAUCACUCGCAACAUGCAUUCUAAUGAAAUCUGAGUAAUAUCAUCAAAUCUGAUACUAACUUUUAUAUAUUUGUAAUUUAUUUAUGACAUGGUUGUAAUAAUAUCUGAUAGCAACUUAUUAAAAUUGUGAAUCUGAAGAAUAUUUCUUUGUUCUGUGAAGCAAAAUAGAUAUGCUACUGUUAUGCUCAUUGGUAUAAGUGCCAAAUUUGUAGCAGUUGUCAUUUGUAAUUUGAAAUGUUUAUUAGAUUGUAAAAUACAAUCUAUAUAAGCCUUUGGGCUCAUAAUUUGAAAAUAAAUCUUAUAUGACAUAUGAAUGUUAUGCGUAAGCUGCGUAACUUUUCACCUUCGCAAAAGUUCGUUUUCAGUAUUUCUCUAAUGAAAGCUUUAAAUUUAAUUGUAGGAUUUUAGAAAAUUGUCUUUAUGAAGAAAAGUCUUAUUAUUCUUACUCUGAAAAAGUACGAUAGCGUAGAAGAGCUUAAAGAAACAAAUAUUAUAAUGUCCAAGUGAAAUAGAAGUUAUUUUAUCUCAUUUGACUUCUACUUUAUAUAGUAGUGUUUUGAAAUUAUUAAAUGGUAAAAUUUAUCUGGGAUGUGUACAUAACAGUGGGAUACAGUUUGAUUACCUUAAAUUACUUCAAUAUAGCUGUAAAAAAUAUAGCAAUUUUACUGUACUUCCAACUAUUUUUCUCUCCCAUAUAUUUGAUAUGAAUUCUAUAGAAUGUACUUGUAUAUUUUAGUCUUUUUUUUAACAUGUAUUUUAGAAUUGUUAAACAUAUAUACUUCUGAAAAAUAUAUUUUUUUUAAUGUGCAGCAUAUAUACUUGUAUAUGACUUUAUUGAAAGCAGGUUGUAAAUUUAUAUAUACAAGAAGUAUAGAUAAAUGAACUUAAGUAAUUUUGAGCUGGAAUAACUAUCAGAAAUUGCAUAUCCUAUGCAGUAGAUAAAAUAUUUUUAUUGUUUUAAUUAAUUAUUUCUGUAUUUUACAUUAUAUGAAGGAAAGUAUCAUUUUUUGGUGCAAUUCAGAUGAAAUGUGUGGCUAGUCAUCUAUUGAGUAUAUGUCCGCAGUGAAGACAUUUUAUUCAUACUUGUUAGUUUACUUUGAAGUAUAUGCUGAUUUGUGUAUUUUUGUAUAAAAGUAUUAUUCUGAUUUUGUAAUUAGUACUCCCUCUCCAUUAAUAUAUGAAUGAUUUUGUAACAUCAUUAGAAAGUUUAUAAACCUGGUUAUAAUUAGGGAAUACUUUCUAUUUGUAUGUCUGAAUAUUAUGAAAUUUGUCAGUCUAUGCUCAGACUGCAUAAUGUAGUAUCCUUUCACUGCUUUCUCAUAGGUGGGUGCAUUAUGUGAAGAGGGCUGUGAUGUGAAUUCCGCUGGGGAAAAAAUAGUUUAUUGUAGAGCUGUGUAAACUGUUGUAGUAGAAUAACUCUCCCCUCCCUUUUUUGCUCCCAGGGUAAAGAAGUUUGAUGAGAACUUAAAAAAUAUACCAUUAUAACCAGGUGAAGUGUUAUUUUUUACUAUGUUUGCUAUUUUAUCUAAGGUUACUUUUACUGAUGUACAGAAGAAAAUGCUGCAUUUCAGGCAUUUUCAAAAGAAAUUCUUUAAGCUAGGAAAAGAGAAAAAUAUUUCAGUAUGUAUUGAAAUUUUAAAAAUUAAUUACAGAAACUUAUUUUUAAAAGCAUAGAAUUCUAGCAUAAUAUUGAGAAGUAUAAUUAAAAAUUACAGUUCCAAAUUCUUGUUACUUGCAGAUAAUGUAAAUGACUUUCAAGUAACAAGAAUUCCUGCUCAUUGAAGCCUUUCUUUUUUGGACUAAAAUGUUCUGAAGUUAGCUAAGUUACAUUCAGAUUAGGAAUAUUAGCUAUUAUUAUUAAUAUACUUUCCUUUAUAUUAUAAUGAUGCCCAAGAUUCAAGAAUUAUAACAAUUUGUUUUUUGAAAUAUGAACUGCUAUAUUUUAAAUUUUAUAUGCAAAUGAAUCCUAUUGUAGUGCACAAUGUCCUACAUUGCUGUCAUUUGAGCCACUCUAUUUUUAUAUUUAUAUAUGCCAUUUAAUCGUAUUGUAGUGGAUAAACAUAUUAUAUUGUAUAUUGUGCAUUUAAAAUUAAAUUUAGCUAAUGAUAUUGACAGUUUUUGGUAUUAUACUAAUGAUUUUUAUACGGGUUUUGCAGUAUAGUAUGCUUCAGAACCAACUUUUUUUAUAUGUAUCUAUUGUCAAGAUAAAUAUGAAUUACCUUUAAUUGAAAUUUCUUUAUAUGCUGUUAAAAUCUAAUAAUCCAAGGGGGGAAAAGGCAUUUAUUAUGUACAUAGUAUUUAUGUAUUUGUGGAAUUGUUCCUACUACGAGUGUCUGUAUUUUCCCAUUGAUUUGUUAUAUAGUUCUUUUGCAAACCAUUAAGAAUAAUCCUUAUAAAUGUAGCAUAUCAGUUCACAAAAAUAAUAAUAAUAAUAAUAAUAAAUAAAGUGAAGGGUUUCUGUCAAAAACUCCAAAAAUCAAUUAGGCAAUGGAGUGAAAUCUCAACCAUUCUUUCUCAGAAGUGAUUGAAGAGACACUAAAAAUAUUUUGUAGUUUAAAACAGUUAUUUUUAUAACUAAUGCAUUUAAAAGCAGAAUGCUGUUCCCUUACCCCAGGAAAAAUUAUAAAAUUCUGGAGACUUAUGAAAACGGAAUCUUUAAAUGGAUUUAUUUGUACAUUGCUCUUCAGAUCCAUCCCUGUUUAGGUGUGCCAUGUUUUUAUGUAUCAUCUUGUAGAUAAUACAGUACUGUUUUUGUUUUUGUAUACUGUGUAUGAGAACCAAUAAAUUUUAUUACUUUAUUAAA